AUGGCCUUACCCAUGCCCAUUUCCAUCCUCGAGGCGAUAGGGAUCGUCCAGAAAGGCGUGGCUCUCUACAAGACCAUCCGUAAGAAGCCCGAAGAGAUCGCAGCGGUUGGUAGACGCAUGCAAGACCUUGAGUUCUACUUGUCCGAGCUUCAGGCACUGGUAGAUGAUAAGCAAAGGAAUCCUCUGCCCAACCUCCGUCCAGAGCAGACCCAACGAAUUGGCACAGUCAUCAGCGACAUUCGAGUUGAUGCAGGCGACGUGUAUGAGAUUCUCUGCAUAUGGGACUCUGCUGGCAGUUUCCAAAAAGUCCUCUUCACCGUUGGCAGAAACCCGAGGCGACUGGAUGAGUUGAAUAGCAGUCUCGAGCAGCGCAGGCAGGAUCUUCGGGAUAUUCUGCAGCUCAUGGGACUCUUCGCCCUCAAGCCUCCAUCGGAGACACGUCCAACUUCACCGGCUGCCCCUACGAGAGCGGACUACGGCGUGAUAUUCGUGGAUCCCUUCAACCUGGGCAGGAGCAAGGUCGCCGAGGGCUACAUGAAGCUGAUUCGUGAGUGGACUGUUCGCACGGGCGGUGCUUUCAAAGUCAAGUUCGCCCACUCGGCCGGCAUGCUUGUGCGAGACAGAAGCGACUGCGUUGAUUUUAUCGAAAGCCUUCCGGGGCGGAUGGUGGUCAACGGUGUCGCGAAAGAGGCAAAUGCAAUGGCCAUGGCUUCUCUGUUUGACAACAAGUACUUUGAUUAUACAUUCAAGCCAGGUAUCCGGGCUUCCAUGAUGAAGAGAGCGCAUCGCACUGAUGCCCAAUCUCAGUCUCGCGCCCGCGGCAUCACGCAGAACAUCUUCAAGACGUACGACUACAUUUUGGUGUUCACUGGCAGAGAGUACGAGCGCCUGCUGUUGCUUAAGAAGGGUCUUCUCCAAGCCCAUGGACCAAGCAUCGCUCCAGCCAGCAAAGGCAGGAUCAUUCAUCUGGGAGCAUACUUGAAUAAGAAGGGAAAGCCCAACGACAUAGCUGACGCCCGGAAAGACGAAAAUGAGGAUGUCAGCCGUGCCAACUGGAACACCACCACCAGCCAGAUCAAGCUAGCUGUGAAGGCAUUUCUCAAGAACGAGCUCGGUUGGCAGCAACCCGAGAGAGGCGCUGUGCCGGCGUACUGA